UUCAGACCCGGACCCAGCACCGCAAGCAUCGCCGCGCGCGUGACGCAGCCUGCGCGAGCGCAUCGAGCACGCGCUUCAAGACAACUGGAGACGGUUGACUCAUCCAAACGGGCAACACCGUGAGCGUCUCCGCUCGUUCAGCCAACCGAGAAGACGACGGCCCAGCGCGCGCUCUCUAGACCUAGAGCCCACCAGCAGAGAAUCCAGCCCCGAACGAGACCCUGGGCGUACUGCUACUAUUAGCAGAGCCUACUCCUUAACCAAGAUGGCGACGCUCUCACUGAAGAUAUCGCUCGAAGGCGGCAAGGUGGUCAAGACCAUUCAGUUCGACCCCUCCACCACCAUCUACGAUGCCUGUCGCAUCAUCAGAGAGAAGAUCCUGGAAGCCAGUUCCAGUGACCCGAAAGAGUACGGGCUGUUCCUUGCGUCAGAAGAGGACAACAAGAAGGGAAUCUGGCUCGAAGCGUCACGCAGCCUUGACUACUAUAUGCUGCGCAAUGGAGACAUCCUUGAAUAUUGCAGGAAGACCAGAAACUUGCGCGUACGCAUGUUGGAUGGUUCCGUGAAGACACUCCUGGUGGACGACAGUCAGAUCGUUGCCAAUCUAAUGGUGGUGAUCUGCACCAAGAUCGGCAUCACCAACUACGACGAAUAUGGCCUGGUCCGCGAAGAGUUGAAAGAGGAACCCGACCCCUGCGAGAAGCCCAACUUCGGGACCCUGACCCUGAAGAGGAAACACCAGGACAAGGAGAGGGACGCCAAGAUGGACCAGCUCAGGAAGAAGCUCAGGACUGAUGAUGAAGUGAACUGGGUGGAACCCGCCAAGACCCUCCGCGAGCAAGGCAUCGACGUCACCGAGACCCUCCUUCUGCGACGCAAGCUCUUCUUCUCGGACAGAAACGUGGAUUCCAGAGACCCCGUCCAGUUGAACCUCCUGUACGUCCAAGCGAGAGACGCCAUUUUGGAUGGGACGCAUCCUAUUACUCAAGAUAAAGCGUGCGAGUUCGCCGGCAUACAGUGCCAGAUCCAGUUCGGUGACCACAAGGAGGACAAACACACCACCGGGUUCUUGGAUCUGAAGGAAUUCCUCCCCGGCUCGUACGUGAAAGUGAAAGGCGUCGAAAAGAAAGUGUUCAAAGAGCACAAACGCCACGCUGGUCUGUCCGAGUUGGACGCCAAAGUGCUCUACACCAAGAACGCCAGGGACCUGCCUACUUACGGCGUCGCCUUCUUCCUUGUCAAGGAGAAAAUGAAGGGCAAGAACAAGCUGGUCCCCCGUCUCCUGGGCGUGACCAAGGACUCCGUGCUGCGCCUGGACGAGAAGACCAAGGAGAUCCUGCAGACCUGGCCUCUGACCACCGUGCGGCGCUGGUGCGCCAGCCCCAACACCUUCACCCUGGACUUCGGCGACUACAGCGACCAAUACUACUCGGUGCAGACGACGGAGGCGGAGCAGAUCCUGCAGGUGAUCGCCGGCUACAUCGACAUCAUCGUGCGCAAGCGCCGCGCGCGCGACCACCUCGGCAUCGAGGGCGACGAGGGCUCCGCCAUGCUUGAGGACUCCGUCUCGCCUUCCAAGGCUAACAUCAUCCAGCAUGAUACAUUCAAGUCGGGCAAAGUCAACACCGAGUCGGUGGCCAAGCCCGCUGUCAUGAGGCCCGGAGCUGAAGGCGCGAAGUCGUUCGCGGUGGGGCACAUGACGAGCGCGCAGCAGACCACGGUGUCGGGCCAGAUCAUCACGGGCCACACGCCGCCCGCUGCCUCGCAAGUCCAGCAAACCCGGGUCACGUCAAUAAUGAGCGAGCCGCAGAGGGCGCUACUGACCACCAUCACCACCGGACGAGAGCUCAUCAAGCAUACGGAGGAGAGUCUUCACAGGGCGACCCUGCCAUCUCUCGGCCAAGAUGCCGCCUCGGUCAAGUGGAAGCAAGUAACCAUGGAUACCAGCAAGCAAGUAGUGACGUCACAGAUCGCAGCCAUGAACGCCGCCACUGCACAAGUCGUCACACUCACGUCAGGUUCGACGGAGGAAGUGGACCACACCGCGGUGGGAGCGGCCAUCACCACCAUCACCAGCAACCUGCCCGAGAUGACCAAGGGCGUCCAAAUGAUCGCCGCUCUAAUGGAGGACGACGACAACGGGGACCGUCUGCUGGACGCCACCAGGAAGCUCUGCUCCGCCUUCAGCGACCUGCUGAAGGCGGCCGAACCUGAGACCAAGGAGCCGCGCCAGAGUCUCCUGAACGCGGCCUCCCGCGUCGGAGAAGCUUCAACCUCGGUGCUCCACACCAUCGGCGAGGACUCGGAGCUCGACAAGGAGACGCAGGACAUUCUCCUGUCGCUCGCUAAGGCCGUGGCCAACACCACAGCGGCCUUGGUCCUGAAGGCCAAGAACGUGGCCGCCCAGUGCCGCGACGACCAGCCGCUGCAGAAUAGCAUCAUUGCCGCCGCGACGCACUGCGCGCUCGCCACCAGCCAACUCGUCGCCUGCGCUAAGGUGGUAGCCCCAACACUCCACAACCCGCAGUGCCGCGAGCAACUCACCUCAGCCGCGCGACUGGUCGCCCGAGCGGUCGAGAAACUGAUCGACAGUUGCCGCGCGGCAGAGUCCGCCGCGCCGCAGAACGUGGAACAACUCAUGGCGGCCGCUAGACGCGUUUCUGAAGAGUUGGAGCGACUGUUGCAGCACUGUCAUACUGAUCGCCGAGCCCAACCCAGCGUGACGGAGCGGUCAGUGGAAACCGUGAUGACAGCCAGCGAACGUGUGGUCGAAGCCCACGACCCUGCCGAGAUGGUCCGCCAGGCGCGUCUGCUGGGGCAGGCGACUGCUCACCUCAUCACCAACAUCAAGACGGAAGCUGAGAAGCAACCUUCUGACGCCCAGCGCAAGCUGCUCGCGGCCGCUAAGCUGCUGGCCGACGCCACCGCGAGGAUGGUGGAGGCCGCCCGGCAGUGUGCCACAUCACCACAGGAUCGCGAGAAGCAGGAGAACCUCCGCAAGGCAGCCGAGGAACUACGUUACAUCACCGUCGACUACGCACAGGGGCAAGACAUUGUUAGCUCGCAAAUGGCUCGCCUGCAGGAAACCGCCCGGCACGCCGCUUCCAGCGCCACACAGCUCAUCACGUCCGCUCAUAACGCGGCGCAGCACAACACCAACAAAUACUCACAGGAAUCUCUGAUGCAAGAGUGCGAAGUACUAUCCGAGCACAUCCCCCGCGUGGUUGACGCGGUGCAGGUUGCAGAACGCCGUCCAGACCACGCCGCUGCGAGACUGGACCUUAUCGCCAGUGCUGACGCCUUCUUACAGCCGAGCGGGCACGUGCUGCAGGCGGCGCGCGCCGCGCUGCCCGCGGUGGCGGACGCGCCCACCGCCAAGCACCUGACGCACACCACGCAGCAGCUCACCGCCAGCUGUGCUGACCUCAGGUCUGCCGUGAGCCGUGCCCGUAUCUCAUGCAAGGGUCUGGAACUGGACGCAGCUGCUGAAAUCAUCCGCUCUCUGCAAGACGAACUGGACGAACUAGACGAAGCUGCGAGGGCUUUCGAUUUGAAACCUUUGCCUGGACAAAGUGCGGAGUGGGCGCGCUCCACCAUGGCGUCGGCCUCGCGCGCCGCCGCCGGCUCCACCGCGCAGCUCGUGUCCGCGGCGCGGCGCCAGGACCCGCCCGGCUGCGGCGAGGCCGCCGCCGGCCUGUCCGCUGCUCUACGACAGUGGACGGGCGGCGUCAGGGCUGCCGCGCAUGCUGACGCUGAACACACAACCAGACUGACGUCCACUGGGCGCGAAGUCCUCCACUCUUCGCUGACGCUGGUGGAAACUGUGAAGACGUAUCUGUCCACCUCAGAACGUGUCGACAUCUCCACUAUAGUUACCAUCGCUAAAGAUGUUACUCAGAAUCUGGAUACGAGCUUGGAGGCGGUGCCUUCUCACUCGGAGCUACACGCGGCCAUGGAGAACAUUAACGAAACGCUCAAUAUCCUCAACAUGGGCGAGUUCCCGCCCAGCGACCGCAGCUAUGGUGAACUUCAAUCUGAACUGAACGCAGCCGCCGUAGGCCUCAACUCGGCCUCGUCCGAGGUGGUACAAGGCAUCGAGUCCCCAUCGGCCCUCGCUGAUAACUCGAGGCAUUUCGGAGACGCUUUCAACCGUCUGCUGGGCGUUGGCAUGGAGAUGGCGGGGCAGACUGAGGACCGCGAGACCCAAACCCUGAUGGUGAACUCGAUGAAAUCCGUGACGAUCAACUCUUCGAAGCUGCUGACGGUCGCCAAGUCUGUCAGCCAGGACUUGACGCGUCCCAAUGCCAAAAACCAGCUCGCUGCGGCCGCGAGAGCUGUCACAGAAAGCAUCAAUAGACUGGUGGACGUGUGCACUGAAGCGGCGCCCGGCCAGAAGGAGUGCGCGGCCGCCAUCCGCAGCAUCGAGGGCUCCCGGGUACUCCUCGACGCACCCUCGCAGCCCGUCAGCGAGCUCAGCUACUUCUCUAAUGUCGACGCUUGCGUCGGACACAGCAAGGCUCUUAGCGAAGGCAUGUCAAGCAUGGCGACGUCAGUGAAGCGGUCGGAGUACGCGCAGUUCUGUCGCGCCGUGCGCAACGUGGCCGACGCGGUCCUGGGGCUGGUGGACUGCACCGCUCAGGCUGCUUAUUGGGUGGCCGUAUCGGAUUCAACGUCAGUGGCCGGCCGACCAGGGUUGGUGGACCAAGCGCAGUUCGCGCGCGCCGCGGUGGCCAUCGAGCAGGCCUGCCAAGCUCUGGCUGACCCUACUAGCGAUCAACAACAGGUAUUAUCCGCCGCCACAGUGAUCGCCAAGCACACCAGCGCCCUCUGCAACGCGUGCCGCGUCGCCUCCGGAAAGACCACCGAGCCGCAAGCUAAACGACACUUCGUUCAGGCCGCUAAGGACGUGGCCAACUCUACAGCGGCGUUGGUGAAGGAGAUUAAGGCCCUGGACAGCGAUUAUAGCGAGUCCAACCGCGCCCGCUGCGCCGCCGCGACGGGCCCGCUGCAGGAGGCGGUGCGCGGCCUGUGCCAGUUCGCGGACAGCCCGCAGUUCAGCUCCGUGCCGGCGCGCAUCUCGCCGCAGGCGCGCCACAACCAGCACUCCAUCCUCGAGAGCGGCAGGAGCAUCAUCUCAGCUUCAUGCUCGAUGCUGGAGUCGGCCAAGGCUCUCGCGGUGACGCCAGAAGCCCGCCCACAGUGGCAGGCGUUGGCUACGCACAGCAAGACCGUUUCAGAUAGCAUCAAGAGUCUACUCGGCGAUAUCAGAGAGAAAGCCCCGGGACAGAGAGAGUGCGCGGCCGCGCUGGAGACGCUCGGCAGACAACGGCGCGCCCUCGACCAGGCCGCUCUACAAGCCGUAGCCCAAGAGCUGCCCCAGAUGAAGACCGACUCGCUGCAAGGUUACCUGGAGCAGAUCGAGAACAGCACCACUGAGAUGCUGGAGCGCAUCGAGCCGGUCCGCGUCGCGGCGAAGGGGGAGGCGGAGAAUCUCGGACACUCGGUUGUACAACUGGUAUCAUACUGCGAGCCGCUCGUCUCUGCCACCAUCGGCGCGGCGUCCAACAUGACGUCAUCGUCAUCAUCAGGCGAGCUGAUAGAGCACGCUCGGACUGUGCUGGAGACUCUGGCUUUAGUGACCCAUGCCGCUAGCCAGGCUGCCGGAAAUCCUACUGCCAUCACCGCGCACCGCAACGUGGACCAGCAGAGCCAGCUGUGCCGCUCUGCUCUGACCGAGCUUCUAGAAUGUGCUAGAACGCUGAGCACAGAACGCGGCGCCGUCGGGCCUCUGCUGGACUCGCUGCAGCGCUCGGUCUGCAAGCUUACUCCUAGCAGACUGUCGCUGGUGGGUUCGUUCGACGAGACGGACUCGUUCGUGGACUACCAGACGAGGAUGGUCGGCACCGCCAAGGAGAUCGCCCGCCUCGCCACUGACAUGACGGCGAAGGCGGCGACGGACGCCAGCCGGCUGGUGGUGCUGGGCAACGAGCUGUGCGUCAAGUACGAGCAGCUGGCGCAGGACAGCGUCGGCGCCUCCGCCACCACGCCCAACGCCGACGUGGCCAACAGCAUCCGUGUGGCCGUGGUGGAGCUGGGCGAAGCGGCCGCCGAGCUCAUAAAGGCGGGCGGGGCGUGUCGGCUCAACUCCAACACCGACGCGCGUCGCCUCGUCGCGGACUGCUCUCGCCGCGUCAGCGAAAAGGUGGUGUCGGUACUGGCUGCCCUACAGGCCGGAUCACGUGGCACACAAGCUUGCAUCGACGCGGCCGCCACCAUCGCGGCCAUCAUACAGGACCUGGACACCACCAUCCUGUUCGCUAGCGCAGGCACUCUCCACUCUGAGAAGGAAAACGACACGUUCUCCGACCACCGCGAGAACAUACUCAAGACAGCCAAGACGCUGGUGGAAGACACCAAGACCCUCGUCGGGGGAGCGGCCGGCACCCAGGAACAGCUCGCUCAUGCUGCGCAGAACUCUGUCACUACUAUUGUGCAACUCUGCGAAGUGGUGAAGCAAGGCGCGAUGUCCCUCGGUUCCCACUCUCCGGAGCCCCAAGUCUUGCUGCUCCACGCCGCCCGAGACGUGUGCGCGGCCCUGAGAGACUUGGCUGCAGCCACCACGGCGGCCAGCGGCAAACAACUCAAACACCCUGACUGCGAGAGGCUUAAACAUGCUGCUAAGCGGCUGUCGGACAAGCGCCGGAGCCUGCCCACCCCGCGCCGCCGCGACUACAACUCGGCCGACUCCGAAACCGAUCUCUUCCAGUCAGACCAAGAAGACGAACUUAUCAAGCUGCUAGACUAUUCCAGUCAGGACGAUGACGUAUCCCCAUCCGUCUUCCACGAUAACUGCGAGGAAAUCAUCGCGUAUAUAGAAAGAUUAAUGAAAAACCCUGCGAAAAGAGGUGUCGAUGAUGAUCUUAAUAUUAGGUAUAAUAUGGCGGCGAAAAAUAGCUUGUUAGAUAUGGAUUGGAGAGUACUGAAGUAUGGAGAAAAUAUACUCCUCGGUGAAAUAAAGACGUUAGUAGAUCUGUUUAUAGAUUAUAAUGAAAGAGCGGAGAAUAAGCGUAAGAGGGCGAUGAUUCAGAGAUUGAAAGCGAAUGAUGAUCUUGAUAAAGAAAUGAAGAGGCUAUCACAAGUUAUUGAAGACAUGGACUCUGAAGUAGAUGAUGUUAAAGAAGUAACAAAGACGAUAAGAUCCAUACAGACUUUCCCUAGAUCUAAUAAAGUAGAAAGACUGAAGAGCCCAAUAUUUAAGGUUACGAAAGUUAAACCAGUCAGUUUAGAAAGUAAAAGUCCUAGUCCAGAUAAAGACGUUCAAGUCAAGAGUCCUAGUCCAGAGAAAAACGUGGAAGUGAAAAAUCCUAGUCCGGAAAAACAAAAUGGCUUCAAAGAAAUCACUGUAGCCCCGGAAAUUGUUGCUAAAGAUGUCAAAGUGAUCUUCCAAGAGAUGUUGAACGAUGAUUCUGAAUGGUGGAAGGCUAUAGCUAAAAAGAAUUUAGACAAAAUGGAAGAAACUAGGAAAGAAUUAGAAAGGUUUAGCGGACAUGAGUUAGUACUAGGUGACUACCAAAACGAGAUAGACAAGUAUGAGAAUGAGAAGAAAACGUUACAGACGUUUAUCGAUGAUGUCGAUAAAUCGAAAGCUGUAAAUAAAGAUUUGGAAUAUGAUAAGAAAUAUGAAGAUAUGGUUUUGAAACUAAUAGAAUUUGCGAAGAAAGAUUUCAUUUAUAAAGGUUUUGAUCCAUUAAUAGAACAACUCAAAGCUCUUUCUAAUAUACAGAUAGAAUCUCGUAAAAAGAAAGUUAACAUUCAAGACAUUGUUAAUAUUUAUACGCAAAUUGAUAUAUCUAAAUAUACAUAUGAGGAGCUUUGUCUGUUGGAAAGAUACUACAAAGAAAUCAUCCGCAAAUAUAAAGAAGAAACCUAUGAUAAAGAAAAUAUUAAAAGAGACGACAGAUCACCUAGCUUAUGUAGAGAUGAAACUCAGUCAGCGCCACCAACUUUCCAUAGAAACGUCAUUUUAAAUGUCCAUUCAAGUCAGAAUCUAACUAAAAACAUAAACCACUACAGCAGCACAAUAAUAACAAACGGAGACUCUUUAAAACGUUCUAAAAUCAACAGCAACAACUCCAAAAACAGUCUAGAAAUCUUCGACCUGACCAGGACUUACCCAGAAGAAUAUUACGCCAAUAACUGGUGGUCGAUUUACGAAGACAUCCUCAAAAAUAGAGAGCACCAGUUCGGUUCUAUCGAUAACUGGUGGAAUUUCUACGAAGCUAUCUUAAAUAAGAAAGACACGUCUGAUGAGGAAUUAAAGAAAAUCCGAGCAGUAGUGAAAUACAGGAAUAGUCUAAGGAGUGUAAAGAAGCCAAGCAGCAGGAUGGAGGAGCAACUGAAGAUGCUGGAAGAUGUGAAGAGGCAGUCGUUCACGGAGACGGAGGACGUGGCGACGGAUAACAGAGAAUCGGUGAUGGUGACCAACGUGACGUCACUGCUUAAAACAGUCAAGGCCGUUGAAGACGAGCACACGCGAGGAACCAGGGCGCUUGAGAGCACCAUUGAGGCUAUCUCGCAGGAGAUUGAGAUCCUCAUGAACCCGACACCACCAAAAACUACAGCUACACCAGAAGAGCUGAUCCGCUGUACGCGCCAGAUGACCGUCAGCACAGCGAAGGCAGUUUCAGCUGGAAAUAGUAACAAGCAGGACCAGUUGACUGCCGCUGCUAAUUUGGGAAGAAAGACUGUUGUGGACCUGCUGGCUGCUUGCAAGGCGGCAGCAUUCACAGCGGAAACCGACGAGCUGCGCAUACGCACCAUCGAGGCCGGUCGCGAAGCGGCGCUGGCGUACCGAGCGUUGCUCCAAGCCGUACUCAGUGGCAACGGCAAGCGACAGUUGCCCGACUUGUCCCGACGCGUCGCCGCUGCUGUCGCUGAUAUUAUCGCCGCUGCGGAUCUGCUUAAAGGGUCGGACUGGGUGGACCCCGACGACCCGACCAUCAUCGCGGAGAACGAGCUGCUGGGCGCGGCCGCCUCCAUCGACGCCGCCGCCAAGAAACUCGAGUCGCUCCGCCCCAGGAAGAGCAUGAAAGUACAGGAGGCAGACGAGAGCCUGAACUUCGACGAGAUGAUCCUGGAGGCUGCGAAAUCUAUCAUCACAGCCACUUCUGCACUGGUGCGGGCUGCGUCUGCAGCGCAAAGAGAACUCAUCGAUCAGGGCAAGGUGGCCCGGCGGCCGACGUCGUCCUCGGACGACGGGCAGUGGUCGGAGGGGCUGAUCUCGGCGGCGCGCCUCGUGGCCGCCGCCGCGCACUCGCUGGUGGAGGCGGCCAACGCGCUAGUGCAGGGCGCCGGCUCCGAGGAACGACUCAUAUCUAGCGCCAGACAGGUGGCUUCCUCCACUGCUCAGCUGUUGGUCGCUUGCAAGGUGAAAGCGGACCCGUCAUCAGAAUCCACCCGCCGCCUGCAAGCCGCCGGGGCUGAGGUCAUCCGCUCCACCGACAACCUCGUGCGAGCCGCCAGGGACGCCAUGCAUUGCGAGGAGGAACGUAGUCUGGUGUUGAACAGGAGAAUGGUUGGAGGCAUCGCUCAAGAGAUUGAUGCAAGAUCUGAGAUCCUCCGCAUCGAGAAGGAGCUAGAAGAAGCCAGAGGGCGCCUCAAUGCGAUCCGGCAGGCCAAGUACAAGAUGCGCGGCGCGGAGACCUCGGGGGACGAGACCGACACGGAUGUCACCCUCGGCAGGGCUCCCGUCAGGCCCCGCACGCCUAACAGCAGCUACAUAAACACAACAUACAGCCCCAACAGCACCUACUCUCCUCACAACACCAACAUAAACCAACAUAUAUCCAACCUAGACAACUCCAUACACGGCCCCGCGAGCCCCGGCUACCAGGGCUAUCCCACUAGUCCAGGGUACCAAAAUCAUGGUCAAAAUAUCCAUCCUACCAGUCCUGGAUACCAAACUCAUGGUCAAAAUAUCCAUCCCAGUCCAGGCUAUAAUCAAAACACAAGCUACAACCAGCAAAACACAGGCUACAGCCAGCAAAACACAGGCUACAACCCGCAAAACACAGGCUACAACCAGCAAAACACAAGCUACAACCAGCAAAACGUCUCUCACACGACGCACUCGAGCAACGGAUAUAACACGCUGGAACGAAAGCAUGACGAGAAACAGUACACGGUGCAGAGCCCGACGUUCUCGAGCUUCCGGCCCCAGGAGGAACCCAAGCAGAACUACGAGGGAUUCACUACUCGAAGCAGAAAUGACAGAACGAUGCCGAGCAUGGAGGAAACGAUAACCGUGCGUUCGCUGCAACUGCCCCAAGUCCGGACGGCCGUGCUCGUGGGCCCGGACCCGGACGGCCUCAAGCGGGAGGGAGACAGGAUAUAUUACAAGAGGGAGAAGCCGCCGCCGCCGCCGCGUCGCGCCUCGUUGUUAAACUAUGAAACGAGACUCUACGAUACUCCGCGCAGCGAAUACUCCAAGACUGAAGAACAGAGACAAUACGAAUCGAACAUCUUUAAGAAGGAAUUCGGAUACGACGCACCGAAAAUGAGCCCUCUAAGCCCUAAAUUCAACGCCAGAGACCUCAAGUUCGAUGAUAAAGAACAUAUUUAUUCGACGCUUAAAAAACCCGCGAAUUUCGAUGGCGUCGGACAAAGCUUUUCCGAACAUCAGAAGUCCACCGAAGCGAUCCCGGGCGGCACCAAGCAGACAGAAUUCACCGUUAAAAGCGAAUCUUAUCAAAGCUACCCGAAAACUGAAUUCAUAAAAACAGAAACAAAAUCACCGUUUGUAACCUCAACUCCGUCUAAGUUUGAAAAGUCGGAUUAUCAUCAAGAAUUUAAACAGACGUCCACAGAUCUUGUAAAAGCCGCCACACCUGACUACGAAAGAAUAUCUUCGCCUUACGGCAAAGAGGUCCAUAGCUACGGAGGUCCGAAUUACACGGAGGAAACUAUGACUGAAGUUAAAGAAAUACCUAACGGUACUCAGAAGGUCACUACUACUAAAAUAUACAGCUCUUCACCAGUAAAUCUAACUACGACAAAUACUAAAUAUGAGCCUGUAAAACUGGAAGGGAUCGACGAAUUAUCUAAGUCUUUUGAUAACGAUAGCCGUUACAGCACUUUGGACUCUAGAUUCAACACAUUAGAGUCCAAAUUAAGCUCGGACACGAGUCGCUCGUUCAUGAGACCAUCUGAGUUCAAAACAGAGGGCCAUUCGGUGAAAAAGGACCUCUCGAAAGAGAUAGACAACUUGGACAAGAAGUUCUCAAAGUCUACGAUCACUUCGGAGACCAUUGAGAGGAAAAGCGUCAUGACAAGUUCACACAAGUCGGAAACAAGUUCGACUGUUACGAAGAAGUUUGGAAACAUUUAAAGAAAAGUAAUGGCGACGUCGGCCGUGGUCUGAAGAACGUUACAUCCUGUAUAAAAUAUGUAUAAUUGUGCCUUAAUUUCGCUUGAAAAUGUAUUCCAGCACGCUUAAAUAUAUAAUACAUAAUUCCAAUAUACAUAUAUAUUAUUUGAUGACAGCUUUAGUGUUUGAAUUCGGUAAUUAUAUUAUUAAGCGUGUGAUAAUUAAUAUUUUUGUAUAUUAAUAUUAUAUUAUAUUAAUAUAAGGAGCCCGCGCAAGCGACACGUCCACUGGAGGUAAUAUAACACCAAGCAAAUAGAUUUAUGUCUAUAUUAACUUUACAUAUAUUUCAUAUAAUAUAAUUAUGAUUAACUAUACUCAGUAAAAUAAAUAUAAGUUAUUGGGACUGUCAGUGUCAAAUAUAAGGCGCUAUUAACUGUGAAAUACAAAAGAGGCACCACGCAUUGAUAGUGUUACAAAUAUAUUUUUGUUAUGUGCCAUUUUUGUAUUUUCUUGUAAAUUUUAGCGCUUAGAUAUAUGACGCUGACUACAUUUGUCGAGGCAACAAACUUAUAACAAAACGUGAGUUUUGCAGCUAAGUUUGUAAUAAUUAUGACGUUUCAGCAACGUCAGGCUAAUCUGGUGUCUUAUUAUUAUUAAUAUAAAUAUAGUUCCGACUAUGUAAUCUUGAAAUCUAAUAUAAUUAUAUAGUGUGUAGUCCUGCUUGCGUGCGAACUGUAUGCCUGAUAUUAUGAAUAAUUCAUCUGUACAAUUAUUGUACAGAUUAAUUUUAAACGAGUUAUAAAUACUCAGGCCGUUAUUUACAAACAAAUGAAUGAAUAAAAUAUUGUAAAAGUACAAGAGUGAAAAUCUCAUCUUAUUCUAAAUUAUAAUGGUAGCACGUUUUAAAAUAAACUAAGCGAUUUGCUCCGAUAUUGUAUCUCGUUGAAAAUUACUCUGUAUAAAAAUGAUAUGUAUUGUUAUUUUAUUUAAUUUCUUAUGAAUAUUAUUUAAGUCUCGAACGCAUACAGUUCUCACGCGAAUAAUUUUUUGAUACUUCUUUAUUAUAAUAUAUUAUACAGUGUAACCUCUAUAGGGAAUACCAAAUAAAAUCACUAAUUAUUAUUGUUUUUGUUUAAAUCGCUUUCGAUUUAUAAGUUUAUUGUUUGUCGUCGGUAGCGCCCUCUGUGGGGUUUACUUGUAACUUACAUUACAGUAUGGGUGUAAUAAAUAACUAAUUG